AUGAUAGCCGCAGCAAUCCUCAUCCUAGCAAUAUUCGUCGGCAUCGUCUGUAGUUUCGCGCUGCGCCACGCUGAUAAAUUAUUCGUGCCGCGCCACGGCCGCAAGCAUCGCAUCGCGGGCGCCGCAUACGUGUGCUGGCUCGCGCUGGGCGUCGCGGGCCUCUUCCGCGACGACGUCGCCGCGUCGCGGACCCGCACGGCCGCCUACGACGUCGUCCUGGCGCUGCUCGGGACGGUGUCGACGUUUUCGGCCGCGCACGACUUCGGCGGCCGCCGGCUGACGUCCAAGGUGUCUGGUGUCUUGGACGACAAGUCGUUGGUCACUAGAAGCGAAAUGCUGGAGCACGGCUUCUAUCAGUUGCUGAACCUCGCGCAGAUUCUUGGAUUAUACGCGCAAUCAACCUGCACGCGGGGUCCCCGAGGAAUAUUCUUGUUCAAACGUCGGCGGGGCACGGCGCGCGGCUGGCUGCCCUUCGUCAUCCUCGGCUUCCAGACGGCGCCGUGGCUUUAUAGGAAGGCGUUCCCCGUGAACUCCUUUAGCGCGAACUAUACGGGCGACAGCGACCCCUGGUUAUUUAUUAAUGUGAUGUACCGGAUCAAAAAGUACCAGUACGUGUUCUACAAGAAUGCGCUCUUGCAUGGCCUGAACAUCACGACGUGCCUCUCGAGCACGCCGCCGCGGAUCCAGGGCCGGCGGUUCCGCACGUAUUGGUUGUGCCUCAACGCCGCGUACACGCACGAGUUCUUUUUGCAAACGCUCGUCAAGCGGCGAUUGCUCGAGCAACGGUCGAUGCUGCGCCUGAAUUGGCUCCUGAUGGUCGGCUCGUCGCUCGCGGCGGUCGAGGUGCUGCGGCACCACGUCGACUGGCGCAUCGCGCUCGCGUCGCUCGCCUUCAAUUUCGCCAACCGCAAGCACGACGUCGCGAAUACCCUGUGCAUCGCGUUCGCGUUUUCGGUGUGGGGGCACGAUAGGCUACAUGCGUAAGUUUGGACUUUCCUUGAGUCUGCCUCUGUCUGGACCACUCGAUUUUGCGCUCAGUUUCGUGUUGGUCCGCGCGGCCGCUGUCGUGUCGUAGGCCAAUUCAAGCUACGUACUGCAACUCUAGCAUUUCGAGAAGAGGAUUUCAGCGUUUCCGAUAGCUUUCCGCGACCGCAUCAUGACAAAAGUGGGUGAGCCAGCGCUGAAAUCAACUUUCCGCGGCGCGCCGACCACGACUGAUCAUGGUCGGCACGCCAUCGACGCGGCGCCUGCUCGACGGCGCGGCGGGGCGGUUCUCUGAGACGCGCGAAUUUCGCUAGCGCUGCCGCGUCGUCCGCCGACUCGCGCCCGGCCGCAGGUUGUAGCCCUCUGCCUGCUCGCAGCGACGGCCGACGCCGCCUACUUGCGCAAGGGCGAACCGUCGCGGCGCCUCGACGACGCCGAUUGCUCGGACGACCCCGAGUGGUACCACAAGAACCGCGGCCCCGACUACGACUGCGCGUGGGUCGCAAUGAAGACAGACACGCGCUGCGCGGUCAAGGGCGUCUCGGGCAAAGUCGAAGGCACUAUCGUCGCGAGCGAGGCGUGCAAGGCGGCCUGCGGCGGCUGCGGCACUUUUACAGACGGCGAGAACGUCAUCUUCGCCCACGAUUCAGUACUCGAUGACUUCUUAGGCGAGACGCUCCUCAUGGACGCGCAUCGGUCCGGAAAGAUAAACUAUCUCGGCUCGAUCGUCGUGAACGCGGACUCCGUGCUUCCUUCGUCCAUGGACCUCGUCUACAAGUUUCGCGAGCUCUACGGCGCGGACAUGUAUGUGGGCCUCUCGCCAUCGAGGAUGUUCUACCCGUUCCCGUGGAUCUAUAGAGCGGAUUCCUACUCCAUGGACUCCCUCGACGUCAUGCAGGCCGUUGAUGCGGACAUCCCUAGCGAAUACCCCGACGGCAACGCGUGGCUCGAGGAGACAUUGGAGAGUGCUCCGCCGGGGUCGAUCACGCUGAUGUGGGUUGCGGGCGUGACGCCGCUACAGGAGUUGUUCACGAAGAAGCCGUACCUCGCGGACAAGGUCAAGCGCAUGGUCUGCAUCUGUGUUUCAGGCGCCCCAACGCCAAUGUUACGCCAUCGACGCGACGUCGUUCCAACACAGGUCUGGAUGGCGGGUGCAAUCGAUGUGCCAGGUAAUCUCGAACCCGCAUGCGAUAGCUUCCGCUGCGCCCCGUAUUUCUUCCCGCACUGCACGGAGGACAUGGGCUGGUGCGAGGUUUGCGACCCAGAGGUCAGCGGCCAUUGCACGGGAUUCCCAGAGUGGAACGUCUUCGUCGACCCCUACGCGACGGCGUACUUAUUCACAGAGACGUCGUUUCCCAUCGCGAUCGUGCCGCUCGACGUCUGCGACAAGCUGCCGAUCCCCGGGCAGUUCAUGGACACGCUCCGCGCCGCCAACAGCAGCGAGUGCAACCAGGGGAUCUACGAGGCAUUACUCGUCAGCUACGACACUUUUGCUGCCGAGCAGCCGUUCUACCGCCUAUGGGAUAGUGGUGCGGUCAUGUACUACCUCGACCCCGAAGAUUACGGCGAGCCCGAGGUGACCGAGAUCUGCAUCGGCACGUCCUGGACCUACCUCGGGGGCCUCUUCAGGAAGUCAAAAGUCGACGAGGACGCUCCGCCCGCGGCGGACCUCAGCUACCCGGCCGGUUCCGCGCCGGCCUGCCGCGAGGUGUCGCUCGUCCUCAACCUCGCGACGAACGCGGACGGCGUCGAGGACCCGCAACCGAUCUUCGACUACGCCGCGACUGGCGCAUGCGCUGCCGUCGACGAGUAG